AUGGAGUCCCGAACGACAGAUAACCUAAGAGCUGUGCUCUUUUUUAUCAUUUUGUUUUCUUCAGGCUUAAGCGAAAAUGACCUAGACUUCAAUUUUUGUGGCGUCUGGCGCCAUGGCAAGGGCUCCCUGAGACUGAACGUCAACCUCUCCACAGGCUGCCGUGGGAUCUCAUUCUCAGCUAAUGAGAGCUAUCUGUCCAUCGAUGGGCAGGUCACUGCUCUGUGUCAGCGGUCUGAAGUGAUUCACCUUAAGGUGCCUGAAUCAGAGGAGGAAACUCAGCUCUGUCUGUACUGGGAGCCGUUGCUGGACCAGUUAAAGCUGCAGGUUGGAGGAAAGCGCCUCACUCUGUGCUGGCCUGCCAGCCUGCAGGGCCCCUGCUGCACUGAUCUGUCUGUUGGUGCCUCCACACCUGAAGCACGUUAUGGCAUCAUAGAUGCAAUCACUAAAAAUGAUUUCAUCAGCCACAAAACACGAACAGCCUACAAGUUUGAUGCAUGUGCCAUGGAUUGCAAAGCAUUAUGUGAUCAAGAGCGCCAGGGAUCUACUCAAGUCAACAUGACAGAAGACAUUGUGGUGAUGUCCUCAGCUGGAAGGACUAUUGAGCAUAACUGCCCAUACAGCUCUGAGGUAGAGAUGAAGGAGGAUUUCAGAGGCCACAAAGUCACGUCAUGGACCACCAAAAGUGCAUCUGCAGAAUCAACUUGCACUGUCUACCUCCCUGCUGCUCUAAAACAAGCUGCAAAAAAUAGCAGCAAAGUAGUCUGCACUUUCUUCAAAAACAACUCCCUGUUCCAGGACGGUCACAGGAUUCUCAAUGAUGUGGUAAGAGUCAUUGUAAAGAACGAGGUCAUCCCUCAUCUAUCCCAGCCAAUGAGGAUCUUCUUUCACCAUGAUGCCAUACCCGAAACGUAUUCCAGGAAAUGUGUUUCGUGGGACACAAGGAGAGAUCCAUGGCAGGUCAGUUGGUUGGUGGAUGGAUGUGAGACACGACAGAAAGGAGCAAAUUACACCGAGUGUCUCUGUAACCAUCUGGCUUACUUCACUGUACUUGUGCAAAGGGAACCUAGCCCAGUGCGCCCCCUCCUGGCCCUGACCGUCAUUACAUCUCUCGGCUGUGCAAUGUCUAUGAUCAGUUGUGUCACUCUCAUCAUAUUUCUCUGCAGGAAGAGCAAGCUAUCUAAGGAGCAGUCAAUCCAUUUGGGCUCAGCUGUGUCUCUCGCCUUCCUCCAUCUGCUCCUCUUCCUUACUGGGGACAAUGCCAAUGUUGGAAACGAGAGUGUGUGCACCUGGUUAGGGGCAGGCCUCCACUACACCCUACUCAGCUCUUUCACCUGGAUGGGCAUAGAAUUUUUCCACACCUUCUGGUUGGCCAAUGUGGGUUUCAACCCCUCUCUGAUGCCCAGAGAAUGGAACGUGGUCGGCUUUGUUCUACCUGUUGCUCCUAUAAUCAUCCUGGCCAGAGUCGGUGAUGUUUAUGGAAUGAAAGAGGUGGAAACAAGUGAUGAUGAUCCUUAUCUGAUGUGCUGGAUGAAACAGACCCACAAGGCCAUGCUGGCCCACUAUUGCACCAGUGUGACAAUCCCAGCCACCCUGGUGUUCUCUGGCAUUUUGAUGCUCUUCGCAGUGUGCAGGGAGAUCCACACCACAGAUGAAUGGAGGCAGAACCUUAUGGCUUUUCUGAGCAUCUGGGGACUCAUCUUCCUCUUCGGGACAACUUGGAGUCUGACCUUCCUGGACUUUGGCCCAAUUUUCUUCCGCACCUGCAUUUUCAACUCUUUUCAAGGUUUCACCCUGAUGCUGCGGUGCUACAUGCUGGACUGGAUGCGCAGACCGGCUAGUGGCUCUGCUCCAGGCAGCCCCAGCACCGGGGCCACCAGGGAACACAUGUUACAGGUCCAGGAGGAGAGUUAG